AUGGUGCUGUCUGAAAAAACCUCCAGACCGUCUGCUCCGCAGAAGCUCCACAAGCAGCGUGCUCUGCAGCACCAGAGCCUGCCCUCCCCUGCCUUGUGCUGCGCCUGCGGCCUGUGCAUCAUGCUGGCUGGCAUCAACAUUACCUUGGUGGGAGCUUUUGCCUUUGGCACCUUCAUCCCCACUGUCAACCCCCCCAUCAUCAUCGGGCCCCUUCUCUUACUGAUAGCUCUGGCUUUCUUCACAGCCUGCUGUGUGGUCAGCAGGAGACCCCCGGCACACAUGGCCCACAUGGCCCGCAAGGCUAAAGGGGGUGAGAAGUGGGGGUUGAUGCGGAUGGGGACGGCGGCGUUUGAGAUGGAGACGAGCGAGCACACGCUUCAGGACACUACGGCUGUCCAGCUCAGCCCCACCAACUCCCCCUGCUCUUCUCAUAAGUCCAGCUCCAGCCAUAAGAUGAGUGUGUCCAGCCAAGCUAAUUCUCCGAGUCCUGAAACGGUUCCUGUGUAA